AUGGGAAAUCCUGGUUGUGACACAGGCUUUGGUCACAGACUGGCGCUGCGUCUCAAUGAACGCGGGUUUCGAGUCUACGCGACCGUCAUAUCCGAGUCCAGUGCCGGCGCACAGCAGUUGACCUCUAAGGCACAGUUUGCACAUAAAAUGCACGUUAUAGGCAUGGAUGUGACCAAACAUGAUCAAAUUCAAAAAGCAUACGAUUACGUAACAUUGCAUUUAAACGAAAACGGCUAUGGUGAUUGUCUGUGGGCUUUGGUAAACAACGCCGGUGUAACCGCUGAGGGCCCCAUAGAGUGGGGAUCACCCGAACAGUACGAACUGGUAUUUGCCGUAAAUAUGUUUGGACUGAUACGAGUGACCCGUACUUUUUUGCCCCUCAUUAGAGCAUGUAAAGGUCGUGUUGUAAACAUGGUGAGCAUAAUGGGUCGAUUCUCGGUCAGCCCAUUCGUUUGGUACUGUAUGACCAAACACGCAAUGAUAGCUUUCUCGGACACAUUACGUCGGGAAAUGCGGUCAUUUGGCGUACGUGUGGUGACUGUAGAGCCGGCGGGCUUUAGCACCGGUAUAGCCGACGAGUCCAACAGAUUUACCGCUGUGUGCCGUUUGUGGCGCCAGACAGCGCCCGAAAUACAAAAUUCUUACGGCUAUAACAGUGAACAUGAUUUGAAAAAAUUGCUAGCUCAAUCUAAUGGCAAGUUUAAGCCGAGUCCUAAUCUUGAUAUUGUGGUCAAUGAUUUGUGCGAUGCCGUACAUAAUGCUGAGCCCCGGGUUAGGUAUACACCCGUUGAUGGUUGUGACACAGGCUUUGGUCACAAACUGGCGCUGCGUCUCAAUGAACGCGCGUUUCGAGUCUACGCGACCGUCAUAUCCGAGUCCAGUGCCGGCGCACAGCAGUUGACAUCUAAGGCACGGUUUGCACAUAACAUGCAUGUCAUAGGCAUGGAUGUGACCAAACAUGACCAAGUUCAAAAGGCAUACAAUUAUGUUAAAUUGCAUUUAAAUGAAAAAGGCCAUGGUGAUUGUUUGUGGGCACUGGUCAACAACGCCGGCGUUAUGACUGAGGGUCCCAUAGAGUGGGGAUCACCCGAACAGUACGAACUGAUUUUUGACGUAAAUAUGUUUGGACCGAUACGAGUGACCCGUACUUUCCUACCCCUUAUCAGAGCAUCAAAAGGUCGCGUUGUAAACAUGGUCAGCAUAAUGGGUCGAUUCUCAGUCAGCCCAUUCGUCUGGUACGCGAUGUCUAAACAUGCGUUGAUCGCUUUCUCGGACACAUUACGUCGGGAAAUGCGGUCAUUUGGUGUCCGUGUGGUGACUGUAGAGCCGGCGGCCUUUCGCACCGGUAUUACCGACGACAACACCAGGUUUGCCGCCCUGUGUCGCACGUGGCGACAGACAGAUACCGAGAUUCAAAACGCUUACGGUAUUAAUAGUGAGAAUGAGUUGAAACAUAUCGUAGUUGAGAGUUCGCAAAAGUUUAAACUUGGUACUAAUCUUGAUAUCGUGGUAAACGAUAUGAUCGACGCCGUUCAAAAUGCCACGCCUCGAGUG